ACCUACGAGCAGCUGCUGCUAGCUAGUCAAGCAGUAAAGCGCGACUUUACUUCCUACCUAUUUGAUCGCUCGCUUUCCCUCGCCCCUCCCUCUUCUCAAAAGGCCUGCCUUCCUGCCCACCCGCGCACGACCUCCGGCCUCCGACCAACCUCCCCCAGACGCCGCCGCCGCCAUGUCGCCCGCCCUCGAACUGGCCGACUACCGCUUCCCCACCCAGCGCCUGAGGAAGGUGCUCAGCGACAGCGCCAGGACCCCCCUCGUCUUGGUCGCCUGCGGCUCCUUCAGCCCCAUCACCUACCUGCACCUGCGCAUCUUCGAAAUGGCCCGCGACUGGGCGCGCUACAACACGGACUUCGAGGUUGUCGGUGGUUUCCUUUCGCCCGUCGGCGACGCUUACAAGAAAGCCGGGCUCGCUUCUGCCAACCACCGUGUGCGAAUGUGCGAGCUCGCCGUCGACGACUCGCCUUGGAUCGUCGUCGACAAAUGGGAGCCGCUGCAUAAGGAGUACCAGCCCACGGCCCGUGUGCUGGACCACUUCGACCAUGAGCUGAACGAGGUCCUUGGCGGCAUCGAGGAUUGCACGGGCCAGAAGAAGAAGAUCAGAGUUGCGCUCCUCGCUGGAGCCGAUUUGAUCCAGACCAUGUCUACUCCGAAUCUGUGGGCACCCAAGGACCUCGACCACAUUCUAGGGGACUACGGCGCAUUUAUUGUCGAGCGCGAAGGCACCGAUAUCGACGACGCCCUUGCCAGUCUCCAACAAUGGCGGGAUAACAUCUACGUCAUCCACCAGCUUGUGAAGAACGACGUUUCCAGCACGAGGAUAAGACUGUUCCUGAAGCGGGACAUGUCGAUUCGUUACUUAGUGCCAGAGCCUAUUAUUAAGUACAUCGAGGCAAACGCACUUUACAAUGAUGAUGCAGCUUCGGUUGCAGGCAAGGACCAGCCCGAGAACAAGGGGAAGACUGUCGCCGAGGCCUCUGGCUCUACGACGGUCUAAAUUGAUUCUAGGCGGCAUGAUGUGUUUCGGCCUACUGGGGGCGGUCGACUUUUUGAUUUUACGUUUUACGAUCGGAUACCAAGCAAUCGAGGCUGGAUAGGUACUGUAUGGCGUUGGGUCAAAUUUAGAUAUCAGACAGACAGCCGUCAGCGGCGCCACAUGGGCGGCUUUUGUCUUUUUGUGCAUAGAGUAGCAAGAAUUGCAACAUCUGUCACCGAGCAGCCAGCAGACUCAGCAG